AUGAUACAGAAAGGAAACAGCAUCACUAACGGGAAGCAGCUCUGCCUGAACCACUUCGUCGAGACAUACGAUCCUACGAUUGAAGACUCAUAUCGCAAACAGGUCGUUAUCGACCAGCAGUCGUGCAUGCUUGAGGUGCUCGACACCGCCGGACAGGAGGAAUACACCGCCCUGCGCGAUCAGUGGAUAAGAGACGGCGAGGGCUUCGUGCUCGUGUACAGCAUCACCUCGCGCUCGUCUUUCACCAGGAUACAGAAAUUCCACCACCAGAUCCAGCUCGUCAAGGAAUCAGCCAGCUCCGGCUCGCCCACGGGAGCAAGCUAUCUCUCCUCCCCGCUCAACUCCGCCAUCUCAACCACGCCCGCCGGCCCCGUACCCGUCAUGCUCGUCGGCAACAAGUCAGACAAGGCCGUUGAGCGCGCCGUUUCUUCCCAGGAAGGCAUGGCUCUGGCCAAGGACCUCGGCUGUGAGUUUGUCGAAGCCUCCGCCAAAAACUGCAUCAACGUCGAAAAGGCCUUUUUUGAUGUUGUCCGGUUGCUCAGGCAGCAAAGGCAGCAGCAGCAACAGCAACAACAGCUCAAUCGGCCGUCGGAUCGGAGAACAACUGGGUUUGGUGGGCAGGGCGGCUCUAACAGGGACCUCAACGGAUCAGACUAUCAAAAGGCUCUACGUCCCGAUCGAUCAAAAACACACCGGGGUGUCAAAUGCAUGAUUCUCUAA